AUGGAGGCAAGGAGAUCGGGAAAUUACGAAGCAAGCGUUUGGGAUGAUGACUACAUUCAAUCGCUCGACUCCCCAUACACCGGGAAAGAGUGUGUAAAACAAGCUGAGAAGCUGAAAAGCCAUGUGAAAGUCAUCAUAGACGAGACCGAAAACCAGCUGGACCGACUCGAAUUCAUCGAUGAUCUGCAACGGCUUCAUAUAUCGAACCAUUUCGAAGAUCGAGUGGAGGCUAUACUUAAAAACAUUUAUCAAACAAUCGAAUGCCACGAACAGUAUACCAACAAGGACUUGCAUGUUACAGCCCUCAAGUUUAGGCUUCUCAGACAACAUGGCUAUCAUGUGCCCCAAGAGGUUUUCUGUGGAUUUACGGACGAGUUCGGAAAUUUCAAGGGGUGUCUUGCUAGUGAUGUCAAGGGCAUGUUGUCUUUAUACGAAGCUUCUUUUUUAUCGCUCGAAGGUGAAAAUUUAUUGGAUUCGGCUAAAGAUUUCUCGACUCAUCAUCUUAGGGAGAGGCUGGAGGGAAUUACGGACCCGAUUGUAGCCGAGCAAGUGAGGCAUGCUCUGGAGCUCCCACUACACUGGAGAGUGCAAAAGCUUGAAGCCAAAUGGUUCAUAACUGUCUAUGAGAGUAAAUUAGGUGCCAACCUUAUUUUGCUCGAACUUGCAAAACUGGAUUUCAACAUGGUACAAGCCCUAUAUCAGCAUGAGAUUAAGCAACUGUCAAGGUGGUACGAAGAAACUGGUCUGGUAGAGAAGCUGGGCUUUGCCAGGCAUCGGUUGGCCGAGUGUUUCCUGUGGGCCGUGGGAGUCACGGCCGAGCCUCAAUUUGGGUUUACGAGGGAGAUUAUAACUAAGAUGUCUGUGCUAAUUACAUUUAUUGAUGACAUAUACGAUGUAUAUGGUACCUUGUCUGAACUCCAAGCCUUCACCCACGCCAUUGAGAGGUGGGACAUUAAUGAAUUGGACAAUCUCCCCGAGUACAUGCGGAUCUGCUUUUUAGCUUUGUUCAACUCCGCUAAUGAGUUGGCUUAUCACAUUCUAAGGGACCAAGGUCUCAACAUAAUUCCUAACUUGAAGAAAUUGUGGGCCGAACUGAGUCGAGCUUAUUAUGUAGAAGCGACUUGGUUUCAUAAUGGGUAUUUCCCGAGCACCAAUGAGUAUAUGAACACGGCUUGGGUUUCCAUAGGGGGGCCUAUAGCUUCGCUUCACGCUUAUUUUGCCAUCUCAAACCCCAUUGAUGAGAAAGAGUUGAGCAUCUUAGAGCAAUAUCAAGGUAUCAUCCGUUGGCCGUCCAUGGUUCUUCGACUGGCUGAUGACUUGGGAACUGCAUCGGAUGAAAUGAAAAAAGGAGACGUCCCGAAAUCGAUUCAGUGCCACAUGCAUGGGACGGGAUGUUCGGAGGAGGAUGCUCGUGAGCACAUUAAGCACCUUAUCGAUGUGAACUUGAAGAGAAUGAACAAAGACAUUUUGAUGGAAAAGUCCGUCAAGAGUUUUGGUGCGACUGCCAUUAAUAUUGCUCGAAUUGGGCUCUGCAUCUAUCAAUUUGGAGACGGUUUUGGGGUUCCUCAUAAUGAGACUAAGGUUAAUUUGGUCUCUCUCGUUGUUAAGCCUAUACCAAUGCAAUGA